CGGGCAGCGCUGAUGGGGGUCCUUGCCGGGAGGUCGCGGAGCGAGCCGGUAGCUGAGGCUGGGCUAGCUCCUGGCACGUGGUUGGGGGCCAGUACUUGUCCGAGGAACGUGGAGGGCGAAGAACUGGUGCGCUUGAUCGCAAGGGCAGAGGGCGCCGUUGCAAGUCUGGAGCUGCGAGUGAUACGGAGACACGAGGGAGCACAGCUAACGUGGGGGUGGUGACCCAGGGUUCUUGGCUGGGGUCCGGGUGUCCGCAGGCCGUGAGAAAUGGAAAAGCUUACUUUCGAACUCAUAUGGAGUUGCGAGAGGUCGUGAGUGGCCAGCACCAUCGAAAAGAAGAAAAGUUGGAGGACCCCAAAAGCCCAAUUUCGAAAAGUUACUACUAAGGAGCACUAUACACAAUAGCUAAAAUGAGGAGACAACCCAAACGAGAGAAUUUGUUGCUUCAAAAUACUAAAGAGAGUCCUUCAGGCUGAAGUCAAAAGACACCAGACAGAACCUCAAGUCCACAUGAAGAAACAAAGAGAAGCAGUAAAGAUUCAGACUCACAGUACGGGAUGCUGUUUUCGAGAAAGGAAAGAGGAAGAGAGGGAAGACUGGGAGAAACCGAGAAGGGGCAGGGCAAUGAGGGAAGAGGACAACGAUCAUGGAUUUCCAGGACAUACAACCAACGCAUGUGCUCUGCCAGCAGCCAGGUGGAGCCAUCAUGACUUUAUAGUCCAAGACCAGAGAGAUGACAAUGAGGGCUGGAAUAGGGUGGCGGAGAACGAUCAGCUGUGGAGAAACCUGUGUCUGAAGAAAUGGAGCCUGUGCAACUUCUCCGGGUGCCUGGGCUCACAGACCUGGAAGUGGCUCUUCCUCGAACAAACGAAGCUGGAGCACCGGAUGGCGGUGGUGAAGCCAGAGGACUUUCUCUUCAGAGAAGCGAGCGGGAACCUCGGAAUCUUAGGACCUAUGGCUUAUCUGUCAGGAUGUGGCCACACAGUGGGUGCACAGGAGAAGUCCAUCCUUUGUACGGUGUCGUCAAAGCACAGGCUUUAUGCCUGGGACGUGCAGGAGGGCACCAUGAUCUGGUCCAGCCCAGUCCAGCAGUCUAGUAUCAUGCGUCUGGCGACCCUCCCUCAAAUGCAUCUUGCAUUCACUGUGGAUUUGGAAGGAACUGUCAAAGUGUGGAAUUGUCAGGAUGAGGAUGCCCUGGCUACUCUCACCAUGCCUUGGACCUGUUUUUCCUUGGAAAUCUGUCUCACAAAUGAUGGCCCAUUCCUGAUGGUGGGCAACUCUGAAGGCAACAUCUACACACUGACAGUGCCUGAGCUAAGGGGUGUCUCUAAAGUCAAUGCAUUUAAAUACAGUGUUGACCUCCUACACUGCUCUCCCGACAAGAAAUGGAUCUUUGCAUCUGGGACACAUCAGAAUAUCUUGCCCGUGGUGUUUCUCACAGAGAGCUUACUGAAACCGUCAGAAGGCAAAAGCCCUCUGUCGCUCUCUAUCCCAUUUUCAUCAUGCUGCAGAGCCUGCUGGGCCCCAAGGAGGACAAGCAGGAUCACAGUGAUGUACCGAAGAGGCUCUUGCAGGAAGACAGGAUUUACCACCUUUGAGCUAAUGGCUAAGAGGACGGGGGACCGAACAGACAUCCAAGCCCGCCAGAUUGCAACUUUCCUGUUGCCGCUUCAUAUGGAGAGUCCUAUUUGGAUGGGCGUCGGAGACAGAAAUACGGUUGUCUUCGAGAGUGGGCCAUCCUUAUUCCUCUUCACCAUCAGUGGCCACCUGCUACAACGAUUUGAGGACCACCAGAGGACCAUCGGCAACUUGUGGGUGGAUCCGGUGCACGUCCUCACCACCUCCAUGGAUGACUCUCUGCAUCUGUACAUGUGGGACGAGGAAGGCCGUUACCCGCACCUCAAGAGCUGCUGUCACCUGGAGCACGCGGGGAGUGACCCGGUGCCGAGCUGCUACGUCUCCAAAGCAAUAUGUGAUAAUAUGAGCAUAGUAUGUGUGAUGUCAAGAAUUCGGGAAUCCAGCAUUCUGGUCAUGUAUUCUUUGCAUAUGUAACGUGGAAACUAAUGGAAUUAACUUGCAUCAUCUCCCUCAAUGUAGUAAAGAGAAUUCUGUUUGCAAACCCAGAAUGAUUAUUUUAGUGAUAUUAGGAAAGAAGCAGAUUUCACUGACAGCUGCUACAGAUCCGACGCCGUACAGCGAGGAGGAGCCACGCGCCCUCUGUUCUUGCCAGCAGGGAGAGUACAGAACACUAAGGUAGCAAAAUAGAACUGGUCACACAAAUCAAUUCAAAGGGAGCCUAUAACAGGAGAAAGAGUGACUUAGGAUUGAGGCUGGUUUACAAGUGAAGGCAUUGGGGGCGCCUGGUUCAGCUGGUAGAGCAGCAACUCUUCAUCUCAGGGUUGUGAGUUCGAGCCCCAUAAUGGGCGCGGAGCCUACUUAAAAAAAAUUAUAAAAGUCAAGGUCAUCUGUAUUAGUGUUCUCUAAAAUAUAAGCAAAGCAUAAAUGUAUUAGAAAAACAUAGACGUUAAUACUUAACGGUAGCUAGAAGCGACUCAGAAUGUAGACGGUAAUAAAAAAUGCUCAAGAGGACUAGGAAAUACAGCAAAAGCUAAAUCACAUGGAAGUUUCACUGUGCAUAUCCUCACAGCCACCGGACAUGACAGAACUGCCCCCUAGGUUGCACCCUGGUUCAGGAUUCAGAGUUUGGGGGGAGAGUACUAAUACAUCAAGCCUAAGACCUAUGGGUCUGCUGUUCUGGCUCUGAGAGGAGGACUGGAAGAAAGAGGACAUGAGGGGGGGCCACAGUUCUCCCAUGAGGAUGUGAUCUCAAUGGGAGAUUUCUCCAAGGAGCUGUGUGGGUUUCUGGGUUGUUAGAGUGCCCACCAGUCCCUCUUCCUCAAAACAGACUUGAGGUGUGACCAGGAAGAUAAAGGGAGUUAGUGGAGGGUCCCUGGAGAUGGACAAGGCUGGGUGGAGAAGCUGACAGGAGUGUCACUGUACACAGCACCUGACGGUUCUGGGACAGUCGCAGGUUUGAAUCAGGGUCCGCGAGGAGCAAUACAUUCUCAGGGUGGAAAGUCCAAGUGUCAAGUCACACAGACAGCUGCAGGACCUAACCCAAAUAUUUUUUUAACAAAGGAGAAAAAAAGAACUAUAUUUUAUAGAUCUAUGUUUUUUUAAAGAUCCUCUUUCAUGUCACUUAGAAAAGUGGUUUAGAAGUAACCGUAGCAUACGCCCGUAAGGAGUAUCAUGCCCUAUACCAAUUUUACCUCCUUUAAAAAAAAAAACGUAGCCAUGGUGACUAAGGAAAGCCCAGGAGGCUGUUUUCUUGAUGAGAAUCUCUGUGACAAAGGGAAUAUGUGGCAGAGGACACGCAGGUGGAAGAGGAGACAGAGGCAAAAAUCUGCGGACUACGUGCAUGAGCACAAAGCACGUAAUUUGUCCGAGGAAACAAGAGUAAAUAGGACCCCACAGGGCCUGUGAUUUCUGAAUACUUUAGAGGCAAAACUGAAUUGCUGUUGGGCUUUCAUUUUCCAGAAAAAGGUGGUCAAGCUAGGCAGAGAAAACUUUCUACACACAGCACCAAACAUUGUUCAAAACUGCAAAUGCAAAAGAAAACCUUAAAAUCUAUGGUGAAGGGGCCAGAAAUGAAGGGAACCGCUCUAAAUUGAGGAAUGAAGAACAAGGGUAAAUCCGGAAAAGUGAAGAAAUGGUGCACGCCUUAUUCCUAGAAUUUUAAAGAACUCCACGAUGGAACACAGGGCCCCUGCCAAAGCGGAGGUCGGCUCACAGAUUUGCAAGGUCUGGGACCCUCAGAAAAGUAACAGUCCUUUCCUUGUAGGUGAACUGAAGGGAAGCCGACCGGCUGGAGAAGGAUGAUGGGGAGAGCUGCCUCUCUCAGCUUCGGGUUUGGGUGGGUUAAAAACGGAGAAACCACUUUCUCCAGAGAAUUCCUAACCAUAACCAUAUUCUCCUUGGAGGUGGAGUUGACAUCAGUCAAGGUCCCAAGACUAGACAGAGGUCACCCACGCAUUAAGGCAAUUUGACCAAGGUUUAAUAAAGGAACUACUGUAAUUUGGGUUUGUGGUGAAAAGCAUUCGAGAAGCCAUAGAAACAAUACACUUAGUGGUGUUUUCGCCCCUCCUUUUUGUGAACAGGGUGCUGGCAGUCCACUUUCGACCUAUGCUCGUGAGUCCAGGCCAGGCUUUCUGUCUCAGCCACUGGAAGCUCAUGGGCGGCACCACUGCUGGGAAGAGUUCACUUCCCCUACCUGCACCUGGAGGGUGCUGGCGGAGCUUAG